AGGGAGGAGAAGUAGCAGUAGUAGUAGUAGAAGAAGAAGAAGGAGGAGGAGGAGGAGGAGGCAACAAUCUUUAACGUUGAGAGACUUGCUUUGACCAUGGCAGCUCGCAGAAUUUCCUGGCUGCUUUCUCGCUCUCUAUCUGCUUCUUUUUCACAUGAUUUAUCUUGUUUUUCCCCAGGAAGAAACUCUGGAGGGUGGAGAAACAUUAACAGAUUUAGCACGGCUGCAGCAGUUGAGGAAUUAAUCACUCCACAGGUUCAAAUAAGUUAUACACAUAAUCUGAUAAAUGGGCAAUUUGUGGAUGCUGCAUCAGGGAAAACAUUUCCAACAUAUGACCCGCGCACCGGAGAAGUGCUUGCACAUGUUGCUGAAAGCGAAGCUGAAGAUAUCAACCGUGCAGUAUCAGCAGCUCGCAAGGCCUUUGAUGAAGGACCUUGGCCAAAAAUGACUGCUUAUGAAAGAAGUCGGAUAAUGCUGCGCUUUGCUGAUUUAGUUGAGAAGCACAACGAUGAGCUUGCAGCUCUGGAGACAUGGAACAAUGGAAAGCCUUAUGAACAGGCUGCCAAGACUGAAUUACCAAUGUUUGUGCGUUUAUUUCACUAUUAUGCUGGCUGGGCAGAUAAAAUUCAUGGGCUGACAGUCCCAGCUGAUGGCAAUUAUCACCUCCAGACAUUGCAUGAACCAAUUGGAGUUGCAGGACAAAUUAUACCUUGGAACUUUCCUCUACUUAUGUUUGCUUGGAAAGUUGGACCAGCUCUAGCAUGUGGCAAUACCAUUGUCCUGAAGACAGCUGAGCAAACGCCACUGACUGCUCUCUAUGUGGCAAAACUAUUUCAUGAGGCUGGCCUUCCCCCAGGUGUUCUGAAUAUAGUUAAUGGGUAUGGUCCAACUGCUGGUGCACCUCUUGCAAGUCAUAUGGAUGUGGACAAGCUAGCAUUCACUGGGUCAACAGAUACUGGAAAAAUUGUACUUGAAUUGGCUGCAAGAAGCAAUCUUAAGCCAGUGACAUUGGAGCUUGGAGGGAAAUCACCUUUCAUAAUAUGUGAGGAUGCUGAUGUUGACAAGGCUGUUGAAGCUGCACACUUUGCUCUAUUCUUUAAUCAGGGGCAAUGUUGCUGUGCCGGGUCUCGUACCUUUGUGCAUGAGCGUAUCUAUGACGAGUUCUUGGAGAAAUCAAAGAAACGGGCUUUGAGACGUGUAGUUGGUGAUCCAUUCAAGAAGGGUGUUGAACAAGGUCCUCAGAUUGACGUGGAACAAUUUGAGAAAGUCCUUAGGUACAUUAGGUCUGGAAUUGAAAGCAAUGCUACCCUUGAAUGUGGGGGUGGGAGAUUGGGCUCAAAAGGCUUCUUUGUGGAGCCAACUGUCUUCUCAAAUGUUCAGGAUAAUAUGCUGAUAGCACAAGAUGAAAUCUUUGGCCCGGUACAGUCCAUCUUGAAAUUCAAGGACAUUAAUGAAGUAAUACGACGGGCAAAUGCAACACGUUAUGGUCUAGCCGCAGGUGUGUUCACUAAGAACGUGAGCACAGCCAACACUUUGAUGAGGGCACUGAGAGCAGGAACAGUGUGGAUUAAUUGCUUCGAUGUUUUUGAUGCUGCAAUUCCUUUUGGUGGGUACAAGAUGAGCGGCAUAGGCAGGGAGAAAGGAAUCUACAGUCUUCACAACUACCUUCAGGUGAAAGCUGUUGUCUCACCAGUCAACAAUCCUGCAUGGCUGUAAAUAGCUCAACUUAUUGGUUUUUUUUGUUCCUUGUGCAUUCAAUAAUAAGAAGUGAUAGUACACGAGUUGAUUUGUAAUUGUGAAUUGCCUCGCUUUGGCUGUGAUCAGAACUCAAUGAACUGAAUAGAGCCUCGUGUAUUUGAUUAUGCAAAAAAAGACAGUUUCAUCCUCUUAAUUUUUUAUUUUUUUUCUGAAAUUUGUAUUUU